CGUCUCUCACCUCCUCCUCGACGUCCUCGCCGUUCUACUCUUUCUGUCCUGUGAAAGGACACCAGUCUGCAGCCGAUUGACCGCACAUUCACUCAUUUCAUCUGCACCAGUCGCUCAUUACCAAACCUUCACCUUCCCAUCAAACCCACUUCAACGCCCAUCAGCCCCCAAAUCAAACACCCACUAAUCCCAAAUGGCUUAUCCUCCACAACGGCAUUCUCCAGAGGUUCAGUACUACGAGAACCGAGGGCACUCCCCAGAGCCACAAAUGUCCUACCCGCCAUCACCCAGCAUGUCAACAACAGACCUACACGCACCUUACCGGCUCCCCCAGGGCGAGGCGAGCAGCUCGACACUCGUAUCGGCUCCUUAUGGCUCGUAUGGCAACAUGAGCGUGUACGGCGACUCGGACACAGCAUCGAUCGCACCUCUCAACAAGAAGCGCUAUUCAGCAAAUCUGUCACCACGCAGUCCGAUGCCCAACUCGGCUCAUCCUCUACGCACAGCAUUCACACCGUCCCGUGUUAGCCUAUCUACCCGUCAAUCCUCCUAUGAGCGCGAUAGGGAACGCGAUCGUGUGCCCAGCGCGAUACAGAUGAACGCCCAAGGGCGUGCUCGCAGUCGAAGCAUGAGCCAGUCCAAGUCCCAGCCACCGUUAAACACAAACACGGUGCCCACCCCGGAGCCGUACACGUCACUCGCGAUAUUUCGCCCUUCACGCGAACGGCAGAAUCUCUACACGCCCCGAGAGCACCAUCUCGAUUUCCUCAAGUUCCUCGCAGCGCUGUUCGUCCUCACAGGUACAUUCUUCCAGGCAUUCCUCCCUACCGUCGCUGCACCACUCGCUAUCGCUCCGGGAGGCAGCAUGGAACCGCUCAUCUCCCAACAUCUGGGUAUAACGUGUUUCCUCAUGCUGACGGGACGCGCCCUUACCGCGCCUUUGUACAACCCUUACCCGAACUCGUCGAGCUACAGGCCCAGUUUCCAUCUGCUCUCUCGACAGAUCCUCCUCCGCCCUAUCAGAUACGGAGCCCCCGUCGUGGUGGUCGCGGUCAUUCAGUGGGCGUUAGGUGACACAGCUCUGCAGACAGCGAACUCUUUGAACAAUGCGAACUUUGUGCCGCCCGAGUGGAAGAGCAUAUCCAACUUUGGAGGGCUGAUGAACCUUAUUUGGGGAUGCUUCACCUGGGGUGCUGAUAGCGCAUCCGUCGUUCAGACGUUCGGCAGCAACCUCUGGAUGUCUGCUUGGUUAUUCCAAGCUUCGUAUUUCGCUCUGAUCCUGUUUGUCGUGCUUGCGCCGUUACCUAGCAGCAAGUACUGGCUCAUGAUCCUCAUUGCGCCUUUCCUCUGGGCGACCAACUCAUACUUCCUCCCUACGUUGAUCGGGGUCUUCCUCACGGAUCUGGGUGCCCAUGGGUGGACGCCCUUGCUCAAUCUCCACCUCGGGUUCCGCAUCCCACUUCAGCUCGGCGCGCUCGUCCUCGCCGCUGUAGUCGAGCUAGUCCCAGCCAUCCGUACACCUAUCAACAACGGUAUGGCAGCAUGGAAUGUACGCGGACAGAACUACAUCAACAUCCAGUUCACCGACAUCCUCUUCGCCGCCCUUGUGAUCAUCGCCAUCGAUUCCAGCCCGUUACUGAAGAGCAUCCUCGGUUUCCGCCCGCUCCGCGCCCUUUCCCGCCUCUCGUCGGGUGCGGCGCUCAUGGCCCCGCUGGUCGUGUACGCCGUUCUGCCAAAUAUGAACCCGUCGCUGUUCGUCGGCUGGCUCCUCACUGUCCUUCUCUCACUCGUCCUCGCGAUCCCCUUCCGUAUCUUCCUCGAAGUCCCCGCCAUGGCCGCCGCGGAGAUCACCCUGGAGAAGAUGCGCACCUGGGGCGGGGAUGGCCUAGAGCUCAGAGACGUAGACGCCUAUUGGGGCAGGCACAACGGCGAAGACAAGGAGAGCGAAAGCAGCGAGAUGACAGAGCUCAAGCGGGAAAAACGCUGACCAUCUGCUCGCCACAUUCUGGCUUCACGAACCCGUCAGUCCACCCCAGCUCCAUCAUCAACGUGUCCCGGAACAAGGAAUCCCACCGAUACCCGCAAGAGCGAAUUAUGCAACUAUCGAAGAACUCAAACGUGAACGUGCUUUUAUCGAUCCCCUAGCCCAGAUCAUGCUCCCCGGUUACCCGCGUCGUCUCACGGUCUCAUUCCAAAUCAUCCUCAUUGAAUUAUUCUUGCUUCCUCUUCUACUUGUCACUUCCCACCCUGUUACUUACUACCCUUGCUCGUGUUGUGGAAACAUGAUAGAUCACUCAACGUGCACGCCAGGGCCGUUGAUCGUCUCACCCGCGCCGCACUUCUACGAUACAUUCUUACCUCUUACCGGACUUCGUACUUCCCUGACUUGCUUCACGUUCCCCGCUCCCGGCUCGGGCGCGGACUGUUUACUACGUAUGUCUAGUCAUUGUAGAUUGACCUUGGGGAUGCUGUAGGAAGUGGGAAAUGCAGAUGUUGUGC